UCUCUCGGGUCCGCCCCUCCUGGAGAGGAGGGCCAAUGGGGGCUCUGUCCACGUCUCCUUCUCCCAUGGAUGCAUAAUGCCAGGCUGGGAAAACCUUUCCCUUUACCUAUAGUCUUCCGAGCCCGGCAUUGGGAAGCACGGCGAGGUGCGCCCGACAAAGGGCUCCCGGGGGCGCCUGGACAUACAGUAUAUAAGCCUUAACCACGGGUGAGAAGCCAUUAAAUAGGAGCUGUUCAUUUACAAGAAAGGCAGAAUUCCUUGAGCUACUUAAGAAUCAUUAUGUUGCUUGAAAUACUGUUGGCUGUGGUCUUGGGGGCCAUUAUUUAUCUGACGCUGAUUAAGAAGAAUGAGGAAACCCCAGUUGAGAUGGAAGAUGGAUGGUGGGGCAAGGAAUUGAAGCCUGAUUCGGAAGAAGAUACCACUAUACAUCCUUUCAAGGUGGAAACUUCAGAGGCUGAUAUCAAUUACUUACACAGAAGGCUUGAAGAAGUGAGAUACACUGAGCCGUUAGAGGACAGCUGCUUUCAUUAUGGGUUUAAUGUGACUUAUCUGAAGAAGGUUGUCUCUUAUUGGAGAAAUCAGUUCGACUGGAAAAAGCAAGUGGAAGUUCUUAACAAAUUCCCACAAUUCAAAACGAAGAUUGAAGGAAUUGAUGUCCAUUUUCUUCACAUAAAACCUUCACAAUUGGGUGAAGGCCAGUCUGCAAAACCAUUGCUGUUGGUUCAUGGUUGGCCUGGGUCCGUCUAUGAGUUUUACAAAAUCAUCCCACUCUUGACAGAUCCUGUGAGACAUGGCCUGAAUGGCAAUCAUAUUUUUGAAGUAAUUUGCCCUUCCAUCCCUGGUUAUGGUUUUUCAGAGGCACCUCACAAAAAAGGCUUUAAUUCUGUGUGUGCUGCCCAUGUUUUCUCUAAGCUGAUGCUCAGACUAGGUUUCCAUGAGUACUAUAUUCAAGGAGGGGACUGGGGCUCAGCAAUAUGUACCAAUUUGGCUCAGAUCGCACCUAGUCACGUGAAAGGCCUUCACAUAAACAUGCCAUUUGUGAAUUCCAUGGGAAUUAAGGAGCUUCUGUCCAUUCUGCUGGGACCAUAUUUCCCAGGACUGUUUGGUUUCCAGGCUGAGGAUGUCCGUGGGAUGUUUCCUUUCAAGACAAAAAUAUUAAAAACACUUCUGAUGGAGAGUGGCUAUUUCCACCUACAAUCUACAAAGCCUGACACUGCUGGCUGUGCCUUGAAUGACUCUCCAGUAGGACUGGCUGCUUACAUCUUGGAGAAGUUUUCCACAUGGACUGAUAUCAGCUUUCAGCAUCUGGAAGAUGGAGGACUAGAAAAGAAGUUUACUCUGGAUGACCUUCUCACAAAUGUCAUGAUCUACUGGGUUUCUGGAUGUAUGGUUUCUUCAAUGCGCUUUUACAAAGAGAAUGUGGGGAUGCUCUUCACUAAGGAUAAACAUGCAGCGUUGCCUGUGAAAGUUCCUACAGGAAUUGCUCUGUUUCCACAUGAAGUCACAUACGUUCCACGGUCUUGGGUUGAAAAGAUGCACGUCAAUAUCGUUUCAUUCAACCACAUGCCCAGAGGUGGUCAUUUUGCAGCUUUUGAAGAACCAGAGCUCCUUGCUGCAGACAUUCAGCAAUUUGUGGAGAAAGUAGAAAAGGGCAACACUUCCAAAUGAAGAAUAACUUGUUUAAAUUGUAGACUGUUGAAAUACAAGCUUAUAUUCACUAUUAUAAUUGAGAUUAAAAAUGAGAAAAACCUUUGGAGUGAUUACCUUUUUAGCCCUAGAGUAAUAUUUUUAUAGCUCUGUCUCUUAUGCUGCAAUGACAGAAGAAAAAAUAAGUCAAUCCUUUCAAGCUGACUUCACAAUGAUCUAGAAUAGCACAAUAGCUGAGACUAAAUUGUGAAUGAAGAAGUCCCUGCUUCUAGCUUUAAUUAUUUCACUGUCAGCAAAGUACUUUGCAGAGAUGGAGUGGGGAGUCUGUGGCCCUCCAGAUGCUGUUGAAUUCUGCCUCCCAGAAGCCCCAACCACCAAGACCAGUGGCCAAUGAUAAUGGGGACUGGGAUUCAACAUCAUCAAGAGGGCCACCGGUUGUUCACUUGUCUUAUAAAGAAUGAGAAGGCAACUUUCUGCCAUCAUCAGUGGCAUUACAAACUAGAAACAGAUAGAAGAGACGGGAAGGGAAGGUAAAUCUUCAUCCUGGAACUCAGUAAGUCAUUUCAAAGCAACUGCUUUUUCAGCCCUAGCUGAACUAAUGUUUGAAGGAUGCUCACUUGCCUAACGUGUAUAUAAUGAUUACUAAGCUUUCCUAUAAAGAGCUUAUUGGGUAUAUCAGGGCAUGGAAGUAGUCAUCUGAAAGAACUGUGAUUUGCUAGGUCUUUUUCUCAGCUAUGUUUCAGGUAAUGGAUAUAAAGUAUCAGUUUCUAUGUCAGCUUUAAUUGCCAGCUUCUUUCUGUUACUAUUGUUUCAUUUUUAAGGGGAAAUGAGUUAAAAUUGUAGAAUCUCAAGAACCAUAAAAAUUGGAAAGUACUACAUGGGCCAUCAAGUCUGAUCCCUGCUAUAUGCAGGAUCUCCAGCUGAAGCAUCUCCAGCAGAUAGCUGUCCAGGCUCUUUGAAGAUGUCUUGAGAAAGAGGCCCCAUCAGUGGUUUCCUUGCUGAAUCUCUUACUGUCAGCCAUGAUCUAUACAACACCAUUAAAAUGGAAAGGAUCUGCAAACAGGAGAUAUUUUGCUAGCAGUCUGAGGGCUACCAAAUCACAUAACAAUAACAGCUCCUGAACAGCCCUUUUGUGAAGAAGUUUAGGAUUUUACUGUCAAUGAAGAAAUUGUGAAAUAUUUUCUCUUAAAUCUGCUAUGAAAAUAAACUUUCUGCUUAAUAACCCAUAAGUCACAUCAUGCAGCUACCAGCUGACAAAUUACAAAUGUGAGUAGAACUUCCACAUUUGCCGUUUUAUUAAAUGCAUAGAAUUCCUUUGUAAAACAAUUUAUGGGUAGCAUUUCUAGGAACAAGUACUCAUAGCCCACUCAGCCCCAUCUCUGGGGCCUAAAUUUAACUUUAAAAAUCAUAGUAAGCAACUUGUAAGGAAUAUAUCAAUCCAUGACUUUGCUUUAAAAGGAAAUACCUGUUCUUAGAAACAUGCAUUGUUUUGAUGGUUAUGAAAUUUAUUGUAGUUUUCACAAUGGAAAGGUCAUGAAGCAACACUUCUCUGGAGAAAACCAGGUCUUGUAUGACGUCUGCAUGCCACUCCAAAAGUAUCUAAAAUCCAGCUCCUUUGUGAGUAGGGUAUCAUCUUUUUGACAUUUCUGAGAAGGGAGCCAAAUCUUUUCUAUUAAGGCAGUUUUCGGGUGGCCUGGAUUACCUGGGAAGUGUAUUUGUUUUUACUAACCCAUCUUUUGGAAUGUACAGAUCUGUAUAUUUUAGAAUUCUAAAUGAAAUAAAUUCUACAUUCAAAGACAAA